CCCAUGUUCAAGCAUUGGUACGGGUUGCUCUGGACAAUCUUUCGGGAAAUGACAGUGACAUAUCCAUUCUACAAAGAGGUACCAGAAGACCUACCACCACCGCCCAUCGUGCACGGUAGCAAGGAUCUUCUGGAUCUAUACGGCCUAAAGUAUAUUUUUGAGAAACACGCCAAACCGUACAAUCCCAGACUCGCUGUGAAUGUCCAAUCCCUGGAUGCAACGUAUACACCGUACAUUGCUCACCUUCGGGGCAAGCCGGAUACCCGACCAGGGCGAUACAUCCGCGACCUUUUUGUCCAGCCUCUACCACCAGUUGAAGUGAAACGCAUUGAUAGAAGUGCUCUCAAAGCAGCAUUCAAUUUCCCUCCAGGGCCGAUACCCAAUGUUGAUACCAGCCUCCUUGGCCGGGAAGUCCAACCUCAGAAUAGCCACCUAGACAAGGUCAAAUUGGAACAUGGACCUGACAAACCUCAGAAACGAAUAUCCCUCAAAUUGAACUUUGCAGCUGCACCUCCACCCCUGCCAAUCAAAACAGAGGCUGGAGAUGAUGGCAGAGACAAAAAGAAGAAGAAACGAAGGACAGAAGAUGGAGAUUCAAUAGGAGACAAGAAGCCAAAGAAAAAGAAGAAGCUUUCGCCUGGCUUUGGCCAUCCCCCAGCAUCUCCUACCGACCCAUCAUCUGACAUUGACAUCCUGAAUUAGAGUGCAACUGGAUUGCGUUUUUCUUUCUUUCAAAAUAUAGCUUCUGUACAUAUAAUAUUAACAUAAGUGAAUAAGGAAUUUGCAAAGACAUGA